AAAGUUCAUUUGACUAUGGACUUGGUUCUAGGGAAUUACCUACGACAAAAAUUACCCAACUUACAAAUCUACUCAAACUUUAUAUUUUGUGGGGAUUUAUCUUCCAACUUCCAAGCAAGUGGAAGAAAGAAGUAUGGGUCAAGUGCAGAGCGGGAAUGUAGCUUCGGCAUCAGUGGAUCAAAACCAUAUCACUCCUCCUCAAUCUGGUUCAUCCCCCACCGCCACAUCCGCAGAUUCCAAACCCCAACCCUCGCCGCCGCCGCCGCCUUCACUCGAUUCAUUGAUUGCCGAAGCUGCAGCAUAUGGUGCAGAUGAUGAUAAUGAGUCUCUUGAAAAGAAGGCAGAGAAAGCCCUGGAAUGUCCUUGCAUUGCUCACCUACGGAGUGGCCCCUGUGGUACACAGUUCUCAAAUGCUUUCCUCUGCUUUCUCAAGAGCACAGCUGAAGAAAAGGGCUCAGACUGUGUUCAUCCCUUUGUGGAUCUCCAGAAUUGUAUAAAGACAAAUCCCGAUGCAUUCUCGAAGGACAUUCUUGAUGGCGAGGACGCCAACAAAGAAGAAGAUCCACAGAGAGAGGAAGAAAAGCCCAGGAAACAAUAUAAAAUCAUUCCUCCAAUCUGGUCAGCAGAAUCCAAAGGCACAAAGCAAAAGCCAUAGAGGGAUUCUGCUUCUUUUCUCCCUAACUAUAGGUCUCUCGUUGAACGUAGACAGGUACCUUGCUAUCAAAUCCAAAUAUACUGUGUCACGUUCUCCAUUCGUAAUGGGUUUGAAUUUUAGUCAUCUGACCAUAUUCUCUCUUAAAGUUUAAACAAUAGAGGGAUGGAGAACAGAAUGGAUAAAGAAUAGAAUUGGGAAUACUACUUUGUAUCAGUUUUGUUAUUAUAAAAAGAAAUGCACAAGGAAUAC